AUGGCCUUCACAUUCACUCUCCAACCACACGCAUUUCUCUCUCAAAACCCAAACUUUCUCUCUUUAAAACCCUCUUUCUUCAGACCCCACAAUUUAUUUCCUUCUCUCUCUAAAACCCCUUCAUUUCUUUCUCUCCACAACACAAUACACUCACCAUUUGCUAUUGGCCCAGAUGGAAAAUUCUACCCAAACACAGCAGACAAUGAACCACCUGAAGCACCAGAGGAUACAGCACAUGGAGUAUCAAAAUGGGAUCAAGUUCACAUCCAAGCUUCAAGAGCAAGAAAAGCUCAAGAAGAAGACUUCAAAAAGAAUCAAUCAACAUUUCUCAAAGCCAUUGCAGAUACUGAGGUAAAUCCCAAUUCUUUAAAUAGUGACGGUGAUGAUUUGUUUGGUGAGAUUGAUAAGGCCAUUAUAAUGGAAAGACAAGAACUUGUUAAACAAGGACUGUUAAAACCUAAAGAUAUUAGAGGAAGUAGUGAUGUUGUGGAAGGUAUUGAAGAGUUAGAGCCUGAAGAGGUAGUGGAUUUGGAGGAGAUUGAUGAGCUAACAGGGUUGACUGUGAUUGAUACUGAGAGUGAUGAUGAAGGUUCCAGUGGGUUUGAUGUGGGUGCGAGUGAAAAGAGCGGAAAAAGCAAUGUUGGGGCGUCAUUAGAUGAAAAGAGUUUUGAUUUGGAUUUUGAUAGUUCAGGGAAAUUGAAAGUGAAUAUUGUAGAACCAAAGUUUAGAAUGAGUUUAGCUGAGCUUUUGGAUGAGAGUAAAGUGGUGCCAGUUUCUGUUUUGGGUGAUUUGGAGGUGGAGAUUACUGGUAUACAGGAUGAUUCGAGAGUGGUGAGUGCUGGUGAUUUGUUUGUUUGUCGUGUUGGGAUGAAGACUGAUGGACAUUUGUAUUUGAGCGAGGCUGAUAAGAGAGGUGCUGUUGCUGUUGUGGCUAGUAAGGAGAUUGAUAUCGAAGAGACUUUGGGGUGUAAGGCUUUGGUGAUCGUGGAGGAUACUAAUGCUGUUUUGCCUGCAUUGGCUGCAGCAUUUUAUAAGUUUCCUUCAAAGAAUAUGGCCGUGAUUGGGAUAACUGGGACGAAUGGGAAAACAACGACAGCAAAUCUGGUUAAAGGGAUGUAUGAGGCGAUGGGGUUGAGAACUGGAAUGUUGAGUACGGUGGCACAUUAUAUACAUGGGGAUCAUAAGCUGGAGGCACCUAACACAACCCCAGGUGCCAUUUUGGUUCAGAAUUUGAUGGCUAAGAUGCUACAUAAUGGAACUGAAGCUGUUGUGAUGGAGGCUACUUCCCAGGGACUGGCUCUAGGGAGGUGCAAUGAGAUUGAUUUUGAUAUUGCUGUUUUCACCAAUUUGACAAGGGAACAUUUGGAUUUCCAUGGGACAGAGGAGGAAUAUAGGAAUGCAAAGGCUAAGUUGUUUGCUUGGAUGGUGGACCCAGAAAGGCAUAGGAAAGUUGUUAACAUUGAUGACCCAAAUGCACCUUUCUUUAUUGCUCAAGGGAACCAAGAGGUGCCAGUUGUGACCUUUGCUAUGGAAAAUAAAAAUGCAGAUGUUCAUCCCUUGAAGUUUGAGCUCUCCCUGUUUGAGACACAGGUUUUGGUUAAUACACCCCACGGGAUUUUGGAGAUUUCGUCAGGAUUGCUUGGGAGGCAUAAUAUCUACAAUAUUCUCGCAGCUGUGGCAGUUGGGAUUGCAGUUGGUGCACCAUUGGAAGACAUUGUUAGAGGGAUUGAAGAGAUAGAUGCAGUACCUGGUAGGUGUGAGUUAAUUGACGAGGAGCAGGCCUUUGGGGUGAUUGUGGAUUAUGCUCAUACACCUGAUGCCCUAUCUAGACUACUUGAUUCCGUAAGGGAGCUUAGGCCUAAAAGAAUCAUCACAGUUAUUGGUUGUGGUGGCGAGAGAGACAGAGGGAAGAGACCAAUAAUGACAAAAAUUGCAACUGACAAAAGUGAUGUGACAAUUCUGACAUCUGACAAUCCAAGGGGUGAAGAUCCAUUGGACAUAUUGGAUGACAUGUUGGCUGGCGUAGGAUGGUCAAUGCAGGAGUAUCUGAAACAUGGAGAGAAUGAUUAUUACCCUCCUCUUCCAAAUGGCCAUCGUCUGUUUUUGCAUGAUAUUAGACGAGUAGCCGUACGUUGUGCCGUUGCCAUGGGUGAAGAAGGGGAUAUGGUUGUAGUUGCUGGUAAAGGUCAUGAAACGUAUCAGAUUGAAGGUGACAAAAAAGAAUUCUUUGACGACCGGGAAGAGUGCAGGGAAGCAUUGCAGUAUGUUGAUGAGCUUCACCAAGCUGGGAUAGACACAAGUGAAUUCCCAUGGCGUAAGUUGAUAGUGUGUGGAUUACUGGGACAUAGAAGUACCAUGAACUUGAUGCAUAAGGAAAAGAAAAGAACAUUUUUAUAUAUCUCAUGUUUUUUUCUUCUCGCCUCUGCUGCCACAGGUUACCAGAAAGCCAUUGAUUUAGUUUCAGAGAGGAGAAUUGAAGGAAGAGAGUGCUUUGUGGCUGGAAAGAUCUCCACGGUGCAAUACUUGAUGAAAGCUUCCGAGAGGGUUAGGACUGCAUGGAAAUGGAAUACUGAUUGUACGGAGGAAUCCUUUGAUGUGUAUACCAAAUUGGUUUUUGUCUACGUAUUUGAUUCCUAUGUAAUGAGAUGGUGGUGCAUUUCAAUGUUCUGUUUCCUCUCCUUGUUGAGGCUGAAUGUGAAGGUUGGAAGUUGCUAG